AUGGAUCCUGUCAGGCCGUUGUUCAGGGGACCCACUCCAGUCCACCCAUCUCAAUGUGUUCGGAUGCCAGGUUGUUGGCCGCAAGCUCCUAGACCUUUGGAACCAGCUUGGGGUAGGGCAGGACCUGCUGGCAGAGGUCUUGUGUUUAGAAAACCAGAAGAAUCCAGCCCACCACUCCAGCCAGUACAAAAGGAGUCUGUCGGUUUGGUGUCCAUGUUUCGUGGCAUGGGCCUUGACACAGCAUUCCGGGCCCCUUCCAAACGAGAAGCACCUCCUUUAGGCAGAGGAGUACUAGGUCGAGGCUUGUCUGCUAACAUGGUCCGCAAAGACAGAGAAGAACCCCGUUCCUCUUUGCCUGAUCCUUCGGUGCUGGCAGCUGGGGACAGCAAGCUGGCAGAGGCUUCUGUUGGUUGGAGUAGAAUGCUGGGAAGAGGUAGUUCUGAUGUCUCUUUGUUACCACUGGGAAGAGCAGCCAGUAGUAUAGGCAGGGGAGUGGACAAACCUCCCAGUGCCUUUGGCCUCACUGCUCGGGAUCCCCCACGGCUGCCACAGCCUCCAGCUCUGUCUCCAACUUCACUGCACUCUGCCGAUCCCCCUCCAGUCCUGACCAUGGAACGAAAGGAAAAAGAGCUUUUGGUCAAGCAAGGAUCAAAAGGAACACCUCAGUCUUUGGGAUUAAACCUCAUCAAAAUCCAGUGUCAUAAUGAAGCAGUUUAUCAGUAUCAUGUGACUUUCAGCCCCAAUGUGGAGUGCAAAAGCAUGAGGUUUGGCAUGUUGAAGGACCACCAGUCUGUCACUGGAAAUGUCACUGCUUUUGAUGGCUCUAUUCUUUAUCUUCCUGUGAAGCUUCAACAAGUUGUUGAGUUAAAAAGCCAGAGAAAAACUGAUGAUGCUGAGAUCAAGAUCAAGAUCCAGCUGACGAAGAUCCUGGAGCCGUGCUCUGACCUGUGCAUUCCCUUCUACAAUGUGGUCUUCCGGCGGGUAAUGAAACUUUUGGAUAUGAAGCUUGUGGGGAGAAACUUCUAUGACCCUACAAGUGCCAUGGUACUGCAGCAACACAGAUUGCAGAUCUGGCCUGGCUACGCAGCUAGCAUCCGGAGGACAGAUGGGGGUCUCUUCCUGCUCGCUGAUGUCUCUCAUAAGGUUAUUCGGAAUGACUCUGUGCUGGACGUCAUGCAUGCUAUCUACCAGCAGAACAAGGAGCACUUCCAGGAUGAGUGUAGCAAGCUUCUGGUUGGCAGCAUUGUCAUCACACGCUACAACAACCGUACCUACCGAAUCGACGAUGUGGACUGGAACAAGACCCCUAAAGACAGCUUUGUAAUGUCAGACGGGAAGGAAAUCACAUUCCUGGAGUACUACAGCAAAAACUAUGGGAUCACAGUUAAGGAGGAUGACCAGCCGCUGCUCAUCCACCGGCCCAGUGAGAGGCAGAACAACCAUGGCACGUUGCUGAAGGGUGAGAUUCUGCUGCUGCCUGAGCUCUCCUUCAUGACGGGGAUCCCUGAGAAGAUGAAGAAGGACUUCAGGGCCAUGAAGGAUUUGACUCAGCAAAUUAACCUGAGCCCCAAACAACACCACAGUGCUUUGGAAUGCCUGCUGCAGAGAAUUUCACAAAAUGAGACAGCCAACAAUGAGCUGACCCGCUGGGGGCUCAGUCUGCAAAAAGACGUCCACAAGAUUGAAGGUCGUCUUCUACCAAUGGAGAGGAUUAACUUAAGGAACACUUCAUUUGUCACGUCGGAGGACCUGAACUGGGUUAAAGAAGUGACCAGAGAUGCUUCCAUCCUGACUAUUCCCAUGCAUUUCUGGGCACUCUUUUAUCCAAAGAGAGCAAUGGACCAAGCCAGAGAACUGGUUAACAUGUUGGAAAAGAUAGCUGGGCCCAUUGGCAUGCGCAUAAGCCCCCCAGCCUGGGUUGAACUGAAGGACGACCGAAUAGAGACCUAUAUCAGGACCAUUCAGUCCUUACUGGGAGUUGAGGGGAAGAUACAAAUGGUCGUUUGCAUCAUCAUGGGCACACGUGAUGAUCUCUAUGGAGCCAUCAAGAAGCUGUGCUGUGUGCAGUCCCCAGUGCCCUCACAGGUCAUCAAUGUCCGAACCAUUGGUCAGCCCACCAGGCUUCGGAGUGUGGCUCAGAAAAUUUUACUUCAGAUGAACUGUAAACUGGGUGGUGAGCUCUGGGGAGUGGAUAUUCCGCUGAAACAGUUAAUGGUGAUUGGAAUGGACGUGUACCACGACCCCAGCCGAGGCAUGCGCUCUGUGGUGGGCUUCGUUGCCAGCAUAAAUCUCACACUCACCAAAUGGUACUCGAGGGUGGUAUUCCAGAUGCCACAUCAGGAGAUCGUGGACAGCCUGAAGCUCUGCCUGGUGGGCUCCUUGAAAAAGUAUUAUGAGGUGAACCAUUGUCUUCCAGAGAAGAUUGUGGUGUACCGAGAUGGAGUGUCUGAUGGCCAGCUAAAGACAGUUGCCAACUACGAGAUCCCUCAGCUGCAGAAGUGCUUUGAAGCCUUUGAUAACUACCACCCCAAGAUGGUGGUGUUUGUAGUUCAGAAGAAAAUCAGCACCAAUCUGUACCUUGCUGCUCCUGAUCACUUUGUCACCCCCUCCCCUGGGACUGUAGUUGAUCAUACCAUAACCAGCUGUGAGUGGCUGACUUUCAAACUAUGCCACAUGUACUGGAAUUGGCCUGGUACCAUCCGAGUUCCAGCUCCUUGCAAGUAUGCCCACAAGCUAGCUUUCCUGUCCGGACAGAUUCUCCAUCAUGAACCAGCCAUCCAGCUGUGUGAGAACCUGUUCUUCCUGUAACUGGGAACUUGCGGCUGCAAGGAGCAACUGGACUCCAGCUCAGCUCAUUCUUAUAGAAUCAACAGAAAUGGCAGUGGAGUUUGUGUUUGCAUUUUCUCUUUCUCCAUCCUUAUAGAAUUAGAUUUCUGUUCUUCUUUUAACCCUGAUAUUAUAGUAGAGUGUUGUGGUACAUGCUUGUUAUUCCAGCACUUGGGAGACUGAAGCAGAAGGAUCUUUAGUUCAAGGCCAGCUUGGACUACAUGGUGAGUUCCAGGCUAGCUAGCCUCACAGAGUGAGACCCUGUCUCAAAAAACAAAAACAAACCACUGUCCUCACAAAGCCCACGACAAAACCAAAGCCUGGUGCCAAUGAAGCAAGUUUCUAAGUAGCAGCUGCCAGCCGCCUUGGUGGAGCAGAGUGCUGUGAGCAGUGCUGCUCCUCUGCUGUGCACGGGGCUAUGGGCAGGCAGUGAUGAGCAUGUCCUUAGCAGGGCAAAUCUCCUACUAAAUAAGUAACGGAAGUAAAAAAUAGCCCCCAAGGCAGCAUCCCAGAAGUUAUGCCUACAGGACCAUCCUAUUUCUGGUGCCAAAAGUGAUAUGAAGUCAUUGCAGACAUCUUUAAAGUCAUUGCAGACAUCUUUAGGGAGAUGGUUACUGUGUAGCAUAGUGUUUCAGAGAGAGCAGCUGUCUGCAUGUGUGAAAGACCUGUAGUAAAAGCAGUGUAAGGCACAGUUGGGCCUGUGAGCCCACUUGACCCAGGGCUGUGAGUCUGGCCCUUCCCUGGCUUCCUGAGAGUUCGGCGGGAACUGCUCUUCUGACCCUGCAGUUAUUUACAACCAUCAGAUUGCUUUCUGCAGCCCAACUGGCACAUUCAUGUGCACAUACUUGUUCUUUGUAACUAAUCUUGAAUAGAUUCAAUUAGAACACAUGGAAAGGAUUCAGCUGACCUAGGAACAUUCUGGAUGGAGUGGAGGGAUUUUUCUGCAAAAGUCUGUAAAUGAGAUUAUGCAAGAGUCUCUUCCAGAUGUGGGCUGGUGUUGCUUGGAAAUUUUCAAAAUCCCAGAAUUUCAGGCUUCCCAAAGUUGGCUUGGACAAGUAUGAGCCUCUCACCUGAGUGUAGACAUUUGGACGUUCUCCUAGGGCCUGUGGGGAAGCACCAGUUGGUUUUCUGUGUUCCUUCAUUCCUUCUGUUUCAGGAUCUUCAUGUUCUUCAGCCGGAAUGCAGUAUCCCUUGCUUUUCUGGGUUUAAAGCUAAUUUCACUUAACCUUUUCAAAUUUGUAUGUAUCUAUUUAUGUUUCGGUGUGGUUGAUGGAUGGAUGGUAGGGGGCUGAGCAGAAAUACUCAUUUUAAAUGGCAGUGUGCUAGGAGAGCCUCAGUUUGAAAUCCUGAAGAGCAGCCGGGGCUGUGGAGUCAGUGUCAACGCUCACCAAGCCAGGCCAGGCCAGGCCCUGGGCUUAGGGCAACACCAGGAAAGCCUUUAGUUGGGUGUAGCACCCAGAGGUUGGCGAGGGAUAAGUGUCAGGUCCUCAAAUACACCUCUGGUUUUUGGAAUCUAUGACCAAGGCCAGGCUGAGACCUGAAAUGUAAAAGCCAUGGGAUUAAACGGAACAGACUGAAAGUUGAGCACAUUCUGCUUUCUGGAUCUCGGGGACUAUUUUGAGUUUGUCUUUAGAACCUGUUGUUCCUAGCACUCUUUUUUUCUCCUUAGGUAGAACAGACACUUAACCCUAACACCAGAAUGUACUUUCUAUAUCCAACAUUCUUGCCUUGUUCUUCAGUUUCAGGGCCAAGCAGUGUUUCAGAGCCCUGUGGUGUAAAAUAAAAACAAUAUAUGUGUAUAGUUGUAUGUGAAAGAAUAUGGUUUGCUUAUUAAGUGGCUUUUCCUUCAAAGAGAAGCAAAAGUUAGAAUUAUUCCUUUAUUAUUGUGCAUGUCAGGGGCAGCACCAUUGGGAGCCAAGUAGUUUCACCAUAAGCAGGCUGGGAGACCCACAUAGCAGAGCAUCUAAGUUUGUGUAUGUGCUUGAAUCAUUUGGGGACUUGAGGGAAUAAGAACCCUCACUAGUUUACUAGUAGAAAAUUCUCCACUAAUAUAUUUAACAUAUUUUCAACAGGGUGAUAAAAAAUGAAUAUACUAUGGUACUACCAUUCCUGGUAGCUCUUCUCUAUCUAUCUAUCUAUCUAUCUAUCUAUCUAUCUAUCUAUCUAUCUAUCUA